AUGUUUCCGCGCACCGCCCUCCUGCUGCGGGCGUACCGCCGCAAGUCGAAGGCGCCGGACCUCAAGACGAGUUUUGUGAAGACCCGGAACUUCAAGAAGGCGGAGAAGGUCGCCAUCGAGACCGUCGACGGGGAGGUGGUGAAGGGGCGCGGCAAGCUGCGGCGCCGCAGCCACAGCGCCCUGAAGAAGGCCAUCGCCGAGAUGGAGCACCCCGCCAUCUGGCUCUGGUACCCGUGGCGCAUGAACCCGGAGCCGCCGACGCCGGCCAUGCCGCAGCGGCGUGCGCUGAAGAACCUCCACGGCGCCGUCUUCACCGACCUCACCCCGGUGCAGAAGAAGCGGCAGGAGCAGAUGCUGUACGGGGUAAAUAUUCCAGAGACGCGGCAGAUGAAGUUUGAGCAGGAGCACCCCCUCCUUGCGGGUGCCUUGCGGCAGCUUGAGGGCCAGCCGAAAGGGUUUCCGUUUUGGUACAAAAAAUACCCGACACGCCGGCACGCGUACGAGCAUCGCUUUAGCAUCCCAGAGGAAAUGCUGGAAGGCUACGGCGAGGACAUGAAAAAGGCCCUCUCCAAGGAAAUGAUGUCGCUUCAGGAAAAGCAAUUCGCGCAGGAGGCCAUGUACAUGGAGCGGUACGCCGAACACGACUUCGAUACGACAAGCCCCGCGGUGUUGGCGGUGAAGCGUGCCCUCAAGUGUCGCAUCCUGCGAAACCACCUGCUGACGAAUCCGCACAAUAACAUCAUCAAGGCCGUGCUGGCGAGCACAGAACGAAAACUCAACCACGCGCUUCGCAGACUGCGUAAAGUGGACUUUAAGAAGUACUGGGAGAUCAUUCGCGACCACGAUGUGCAGGACGUGCUGCAGCCGUCCAGCUUGGUUACCUACCGUCAAGGCACCUACUGGAACUAUGACUGGAAUGCUGGCUUGGCCAUCUCCACGAACCUCGCGGACGUGCUUGACCCGCGCGGGCUCAACGGCUGCGUUGAAACGGGCCGCUCCCGCUCCGAGGUCGCCCGGGAUCUUGGUCUCUCCUACACGAGGCCUUUGCAGGAGAACGAGAAGAAGCAGCUCUCGCAGCAGGCGUUGUACUAUGAACGGUUGGCGAAGUUUAAGAUGGAGCAGCCGGAGGCGGCGCGCGCACUGGAGCGUGAACGCUUUGUGCGGAAGUUCUCUGGCAUGUUUGCAAAGAUGGAUAUUAAGUCCGGCGCCCCCGACUUCCCGAGCACGUACCGCAAACUUCUCGGGACAAAGGUGGUGCGCUGGGCCUCAAAGCGACAUGGUCCCGCGUGA